GGACGCACGUGGUGUCCCCUUCCUGGUUUCCCGUCGGAUUUUGGUCGGAAGGGAUCGCGGCGGGUCUGUAUUGGACCCAAACAGUUUCUAUGGCCCCCCUUCAGGCCUCGGGACGGAGGAGGAAAAGACAGCGGCGGUGUAAGGAUCAUGAUUUAGACCCGCAACAGGACUAUGAGAUGCCAGUGCCGACCUUCCCCACAUCUGAUUGUGCUUCUGAUGUUGAACCAGACACCCGGGAAAUGGUUCGGGCCCAGAACAAGAAAAAGAAGAAGUCGGGGGGCUUCCAGUCCAUGGGUUUGAGCUACCCAGUGUUCAAAGGGAUAAUGAAGAAAGGCUACAAAGUGCCUACCCCAAUCCAGAGGAAGGCUAUUCCACCCAUCCUGGAUGGCAAGGAUGUGGUUGCCAUGGCAAGAACGGGGAGUGGGAAGACAGCCUGUUUCCUCAUUCCCAUGUUUGAGAGGCUAAAGGCACACAGUGCAAAGACUGGGGCCCGGGCUCUCAUCCUCUCACCCACUCGAGAACUUGCCUUGCAGACUCUGAAGUUCACCAAAGAGCUUGGCCGGUUCACAGGCCUGAAGACUGCCUUGAUUCUUGGAGGAGACAAGAUGGAAGACCAGUUUGCAGCGCUGCAUGAAAAUCCUGAUAUAAUCAUCGCCACUCCUGGCCGCCUGGUUCAUGUGGCUGUGGAGAUGAAACUCAAGCUACAGAGUGUGGAAUACGUGGUGUUCGAUGAAGCAGACAGGCUCUUUGAGAUGGGCUUUGCCGAGCAGUUGCAGGAGAUCCUCGCCCGGCUCCCAGAGAGCCGCCAGACAGUGUUGUUCUCUGCCACCCUGCCAAAACUUCUGGUGGAGUUUGCCAGAGCUGAACAGCCUUCUUCCUCUGUGUGGGAAAUCAGCCAUGCACAAAUCCUAGCAGCUGUGCAAGCAGAGGAGGGACUCUCCUUCUUCCAUGUCCGUGCGGAUGACAAGCCAGCACUCCUAUUGUAUCUACUCAGGACUGUAGUAAGACCCCAGGAUCAGACCAUUGUGUUUGUGGCCACCAAGCACCACACGGAGUAUCUUAAAGAGCUGUUGACGGCGCAGGGUGUGGAAUGUACACACAUCUACAGCUCUCUGGACCAGACAGCCCGCAAGAUUAACAUCGGCAAAUUCACCCAUGGCAAGUGCUCGGUGCUGAUUGUCACUGACUUGGCCGCCCGUGGGAUUGACAUCCCCCUGCUGGACAAUGUGAUCAACUACAGCUUCCCUGCCAAGGCCAAGCUCUUCUUGCACCGUGUGGGCCGAGUAGCACGUGCUGGGAGGAGUGGAACAGCCUACUCUUUGGUGGCACCAGAUGAGACUCCCUACGUCUUUGAUUUGCACCUGUUUCUGGGCCGUCCCCUUCUCCUUGCCAGUCCCCACAAGAAGCCCACAGAUACGGAUGGCGUCUUUGGUCGCGUCCCCCAGAGCAUCAUCGAUGAUGAGGAGAGCCUCUUGCAGACAGACCAUGAGCGCUCGCUGGAACUGCAGAGCUUGCAGCGAGUAUCCGACAACGCUCAGAAACAAUACCUGAAGUCACGGCCAAGUCCGUCACCAGAAUCCAUCAAGAGAGUCAAAGAAAUGGACCUCUCUCUUCUGGGCAUUCAUCCUCUAUUCAGUCUGCGCUUUGAGGGGGAUGAGAUAGAGAGGCUGAAAUUCGUGGACAGCAUCAAAACGUACCGUUCCAGAGCGACUAUCUUUGAAAUCAACGCUACCAACAAGACGUCGGCCAGUGACAUCAUGCGAGCCAAACGAAGCCGCGACCGGCAGCUCAUUGACCGUCACCAAAGGAAGCAGCAAGAAAGAUUGUCCUUGGCGGCAGAGAAGGUCCGAGAUCCGGCUGUGCCAGUGGCCGCCAAGCAAGACUCUGAGGAGGAGGAAGAAAGCCUUCAGGAGAUCUUUGCCUCCGUGGUUGGAAGAAAGCGGAAGCAACCCCAGGUGGGACCAGGCACAGGGAAAAAGAGGAAACAGGUGACUCAGAGAGAUGAGGAAUUCUACAUCCCUUACCGGCCAAAGGAUUUUGAUUCCGAGCGUGGGCUCAGCAUCAGCGGGGAAGGCAGCACUUUUGACCAGCAGGCUUCAGGCGCUGUCCUCGAUCUCAUGGGCGACGAAAACCAGAACAUGAAUACAAACAAACAACUCUUGAAGUGGUGAGUGAGGAAAAAGCGGUUUGUGGGGCAGGUGGGCCAGGAGAACAAGAAGAAAAUCCGAACCGAGAGCGGAGUGUGCAUCAGCAGCUCAUACAAAGGCAACCUUUACGAGAAAUGGAAAAAGAGAAACAAGAUCGACGAGCGCGGCUCUGACUCGGAGGCCGAAGGAGAGCCAAGAAGAGGAAAGAAACAGAAAGGCAGAGGGGCACGCCCUUUGCCUUCUUCCCAAGGCCGCCAUGCCUCCCAGGAGACUAAGGCUCGCUCUGAACUGAGAACCAAGCAGCAGAUCCUCAAACUUCGGAAGAAAACAGCAAAGCAGCGCUUCCUGCAGAGCGGGGCACUCAAACGCUUGAAGUCCCGCAACCGCCAGCACGUCCAAGAGCUCCGCCAGAGCGCUUUUGGGCGUGGAAGCUUCAAGAAAGGCAAGCUGCGGAAGAGGAUGUAGGGGUGUGACAGGAGGACAGCAGGCUUUCUGCACCUGCCUGAUUAUGGGCAAACUCUGGGUUUGGUGGGAAACAUUAAAUGUUUCUAAAAGCUUUGUUGACGACUAAUGUGUCUGAAAUGGUUCUCCCCACCCAUCGAGCCCUGAGUCCCCUUGAAGCCUUUCUGCAUCUCCUGUCCUUGUGCCAGUCAGUUUGGAAUAAUAUUUCCCCUC